UCUUCUCAUUGCGAAAUGACACCUCGAAUAUUAAAUGAUGACAGCUCUGGCAUAGUCAGGACCCGAGAUUUUAUUCUUCUAUCAAAGGCAACCCACCGCGCGGCGUGUUUUUUGGCCAAUUAUUACCACACACAAUUACCUAUCAUCAUCAACAUCGACGCUGCUGGACUUGCCGUCGGCAUUGCCACCCUAUACUCAACAUGUCGGGAUUGUUACAACUUUUUUACCACUUCCAUUCUGAAAGCCUGGGGCUUCCAUUGGCGCAUUCAGGAUGGAGGCGACACUCAGCAACCUGGCCAGACCAGACAGAACCAAACCAAGCUUCACAACUACCUAUUGAAGAACCGCUUCAAAGCCGAGGGCGUCUUCAACAUCCUCUCUGCCCUUGCCGACACACUGUCAAACCAAGAGGAACUUGUCAGAGGAUAUGGAAUCCAGUUUCGGUCAACGCAAGCAAUUCAGGAUGGAUCCCAGUUGGCCAGCAAUAACACGACAAUCGAGGACAUCAAGCCUGUGAUCACUGAAUUCAAGCAACGUCUCUCGAAAUUCAACAAGUUUAAGUGGGCUCUGAGAGAUAACGAUGACUUCAGAAAAUUCAUUUCCGACGUGAAAUCCCACAGCGAAUCCCUCUACCGCCUUUGCCCUGAAAACGCUUUUGAGUCGAUGAAUGUCUACUUUACCAUGGAUUGUUUGGCUGUCCAGGAGUCACCGGCAGUGCUGAAGUGGACUUCAAGAGUCGCAACUGAGCAUGCAGAGAUCGACAAGGGUUCUUCGGUGCGGCCGGACUACGAACUGCUGGCUUUAGCGGCUACAUUGAAGGCAUCUGUAGACGAAAACAGGGACAAGGUGCAGACAGAUGACGGCAAGCUCACCACUAUCGGUGAGGAGGAACGCAAUAUGAAGUAUUUGGGGAAGGGUCUUGCUCUGUUUGAAGGUGAAGUUGUCUAUGUGGAAAUGCGAGACUAUCGCGGACCGCCACUAGACCUCACACCGGAACAGAAACGGAAGAUCAAGCGCCGUCGGAUUCGAGCGCGACUGUUGGUUGAAGGCAAAGACGUCAGCAGCGACGAAGAAGACGAUGGCGAGCCGAUAAAGCCCAUCAGACCGGCUGAUCCCAGACUUCGGAUUCUAACUCGAAACUUUUUCAACACAUUUUGGGGCAACAAUACAAUGAAAAGUGUCUAUGGGCUUAACAUUGCUGGCAUGAUUGAUCAUACUGAAGGGGACCAUGAAGGCGAUUGCAGCAUCCUCUAUAGGCUCCCGAGCACGAUAGGCAUUCACAGUCGGCAGCAGCCAGCGGAGAAUCUGAAGCUCCGUGCACUUGUUCGACUAAAAUCCCUUCUUGGGACCAGGAAAAUGGAUGGCAUCCGGUCAACACUGGGUUCGCGAUUUGAGCUUGCCAGAAGUCUUGUGCGUGCCGUCUGCAUGCUUCACUCAAGCGGGUGGCUACACAAGAACAUACUUGCAGAGUCUGUCAUGUUCUUUCCGAAACACGUGAGCACGCUCCAAGACGACCGCUAUGAAAUCAAAAUUGAAAUAGAUGUUUCGAAGCCUAUCCUGAUGGGCUAUAUUUUUUCUCGGCCAGACGACAUCAAGCAUGAAACGCGCAAACCUUCCUCUCAAAAGGAUGAACUUAGAAAGCCCCUAGAUUCAGAGGAAAAGCAUGGAAGGAUAUUCCCCCGGCCAGCUAGUAUAUAUGGCCGCGAUAUACUGAACAAGACCAAAGAACCGGAACAAACAAAAGAUCUAAACAUUGCUGGCUUUACACUCGACUAUUAUCAGUACCCGGCAAAGCACGCAGAUCCGCAGGCGACGGUACCGCCAUGCAUAUGACGUGUACUCUCUUGGUAUAAUGCUUCUCAAAGUUGGGUUCUGGGAGGAGUUGAAGAACUAUGAGGACUUCCGCCCUGGUUAUAACAAGAUUCCCGAUUACGACAAAGAGGAUCAUUAUGAACGACGCAGAUGGAUCUGUCGAGAGUACUUGAAUCGUUUUAGGUGGGCAUGUGGGGAUUUUUAUGCCGACGUUGUGCUCAGUUGUCUUCAUGGUGGAUAGUAGCGAUGAUGAAAUAGCGAAGGAGAGCAAGCGGGAGCUUUGUGCGAGACUAGUUGCGGACUUGGAGAACCGUCAAGCCUAGGCAAACUCGCUGGUUUCCUGUACUUUUUGUCUAUUAAUAGCGUUCGGGUAAGAAGACGAGAGGUAUUUGCCCAGCAACAUGUUUCUUCACUUACUUCGUGUAAGAGGAGAGGUUACGGACUAGGUAGGUAGUGGGUCAGGCAGAGAGGUUGCUCUUAGGCCACUGGCCUGAGCCCAUAGGUUGGCUGGUUGAGGGUAUAUUUGGCUUGCUUUCCUUUUCUUUGGCGUCUUGCUUGUACCUCAUUUUCAUCACAUAUUCUUCUGCGCAGGGUUUCCAUCACUUCCAAAGGUAUCCAACGGAACUGACCUUCAAAAAAGAACAAUCAUCAUUCAAAGUCCAUAUCAAUACCUAAUGGUAUAUACCAUACCUGCAGUAUCUCCCUCCACCUCAUCACCAAAA